AUGUCUUUUGGGACCGCUUAUCGUUGGGAUAAGCCCUGGAUCGGCAAGCUGAACCUCGACCCUGCCGAAUGGCAUGGAGACGAGCCGUUGGAGCUAGGCCCAGAUGAGGAAACGGACCCCAAGUUCAAAUCUGCUGGAAAGCUUGGCCGCAUGCCUCUCGAGUUGAUUUACAAGAUAUGUCUCAAACUCGACGUGGUCACCUUGGCCAACUUCCGCGCUGCAAGCUCGUCGUAUCGGGCCGUCGUCGAUUCGGUUCUCCAGUAUCGCAGACUCGAGGAACACGCAAAGGACGCGCUCAAGCUUCUAGCAAUAACGGGAGUCGGCAAACAGUACAGUCUUGAGGAAGUCUACGAUGAGCUUUGUCAGCCCUGGUGUCGAGCCUGCGGGAAAUUCGGCGCGUACCUCUUCCUCCCGACUCUGCGUCGUUGUUGCCAUAAUUGCCACUUCAUCGCGCCAGAGCUGUAUGUGGCUAGUUUUGCCGAAGUGAUCUCCAACUACGGGCUUCCUCCAGACGUUGCGAGCAAGCUGCAUGUUGUCCAUAGCCUUGCGGGAUGGUAUGGGACCAUGCGGUCAAAUGAGCUUUGGGUGCACCGCGACGCGUUGGUCAGCACGUACGAGGCCGAGCAGCUUGCUCUCGGUCUGUAUGGAAGCGAAGCAAAUAUGGUCAGAGCAUUCAACCGGCGGAAGAUGAGGACCCAGCGCUCGGCCCCGAAGCAAGCCCAGAAAUCGGCACAGUCGACCUGGCUCACUGGUAACUUCGCGACGCUUCCCCGCUCGGCCCCCAUGAGCAUUGCACCGGCGCGGUUCUUGUUCUGCCGCCAAUUCCCCCUCACGCGCCAUUUCAUGGCCACGAUUGCCUUCCCGUAUUUCGACCAGAGCACCCGCGCGUCUGAAUCUGGCGUCUACUGCAAAGCAUGCACUGUUGCAUUCGAGCGCACCAUCGUCGACAUGGAGGAUACGCAUGAGCUCUUGCUUGAAAUUCUCGAUCAACGAUACCAUAGGGCAUACUUGGAGGAGGAUAUGCCGGAACAUUUUGCUACGUGCUCGUCGAUGCAGAUGCGCCUUCACGACUUCCCGUCAGCGAUGCUGCCCAACUGGCCGUACCAUCGAGAGGGUGAGGAUUUCCUGAUCGAAUACGAAGAACCCGCGGAAGAGGAGCUUGAAUCUGAUUCUUGA